AUGUCCCCAGCCAGCUAUCCUGCCUGCCCCGGCGCUAUGGCGCCGUUGCUGACACCGGGGAUCCCACCACCCAACGCCAGCCCUGCUGCCGCGGCCGGCACUGCAGCCAGCUGUCCCGCCUGCACCGGCACUAUGGCGCCGUUGCUGACACCGGGGACCCCACCACCCAACGCCAGCGCUGCUGCCGCGGCCGGCACCAUGUCCCCAGCCGGACAACGCUGCUUGUCACAGCGAAGCUCGAUCUGCACCAUGUUUUCUGCUGGCAUCGAAGCACCAGCAUGCUCAGAGACAGGUGCAUCCCCAGCGGCCGAACCACUGGACUUCGGAAAGCCAUUGUCAGGAUUAAAAGGACUCAGCGACCCUGACCCCCUGGAUAAACUGCUUAAGAAGAACAGGGCUUGGUCCGCGGCAAGGAUUGCAGAAGACCCUCAGUAUUUUAACAGGCUUUGCACACAGCAAGCACCCGAGUAUCUGUGGAUUGGUUGCAGUGACUCCCGUGUACCGGCCAACGCCAUCCUUGGCCUGGAACCCGGCGAGGUCUUCGUGCAACGCAAUGUCGGCAACCAGGCCACACACACCGAUCUUAACUGCAUGAGCUGCCUGGAAUACGCAGUCAAGGAAUUAAAGGUCCGCAACAUUAUUUUGUGUGGCCACUACGGGUGCGGAGCCGUAAAGGCGGCCCUGAAGAUGCCUUCCAAGACCCAUAACCUCGUGAACUGCUGGAUUUCGGACAUUCGCGAGUGCCGCAACCAGCACCGAGCUGAGCUGAUGGCGCUUCCCAACCUGGAGGCGCAGACGGACAGGCUGUGCGAGCUCAACGUGUUGCGUCAGACGUUCAAUGUGUGCACCGGACCCGUGGUGCAGUCCGCCUGGGAUAAGGGCCAGUCCCUGCACAUUUACGGAGUGGUCUACUCCCUGAAGGACGGACUCAUCAAGAAGCUCGUGGGCCCCAUCUCCAAGAACGGUGACUUUGCACACGACCAGACGACGUUUGCUGAGCUGGGCAGCACUUACGUUGGGUACCAAGAUAUAGAUGGAGGCCGUACAGAAGCGGAACGCGCAGCUUCACCUGUGUGCGAGUCUUACAAGUCCCGUAUGGACGCAUUUAACGCCUACAUGAACACCGUGGAGGUAAACAAUCGCAUCGCCCAGCAUGUGGGAUGGAGCGACGACAUGAGCGCAGCUGCCGCCAAGUCGGCCGCCGCGGCUGCUGCUGCCGCUGCCGCCGCCACCGCCGCUGAUGCCGGCGCCGACGCAGAGGCCGUCUGA